CCUUGAUAACAUUCGUGUAACGGAAAGCACAGCGGCUCUCGAGACUUGGCAACGUAGCGCAUACGAGGACAACUCACCGAACACUAUCCAUAGGAUAUAACCGUCAUGGCUUCCAGCUCGAAACAGCCCGGUAUAGCAGCAAAGAAAUCGGUUCUGACACCGGUGAUGACCUUGGAGGGACAUGAACCAUAUUUUGCGCCAUCCAAUCACGAGGUGAAAAACAUUUCAUGUAUUUCCUAUUUUCCCGACGGCAAGCAAAUCAUCAGCGGAUCAGGCGAUAAGACCACUCGGCGAUGGGACCUGCGGGAGGGUAAGGAGAUCAAGGAAGCUCGGGAAGUUUACAAAGAUAUUGUACAUGGAGUGGGGGUGUCAAGGGAUGGCCGAUGGGUUGUCACUGCAGUUGGUGCCGAUAGCACGUUGUUAGCGGGUGGAUCACUCGACGGAACAGUGCGAAUAUGGAGCUUGGACACAGGCAAACUCGUGGCUGGUCCAUUCAGAUUUAGUGGUGAACAAGUGCAAGUUCUUGGACUCUCUCAAGACUCUCGGAAGCUGGCGGUGAUAUCCGGGUCAAUAUAUCCGACGUGCAUGGCGCAAUUAUGGCUUCAGGUGUGGGACGUCCGAUCGCAGAAAUUGGUUGGAGAAAGAUCUACCCCUAUGAUCAAUGUUUUCAGUCUACCAUCUAUACAGGUAUUUUGGACAACAAAAGGCAAAUUCAUCACAGGCUUAUUCAGCUUGUAUGCAUUCUAUGAGUAUGACGCAUCGACGCUCACGACUGUCGGAGAUUCCUUCCAAGGACACACCGGCCUCAUCCGGAACCUAGCACUCUCAUUUGAUUGUCUUCUUCUCGCCAGUGCUUCUGUCGACAACACCAUCAAACUCUGGUCCUUCGAGUCCCGCCAACUCCUCCUCUCAUUCGAUGUCCAAGCUCCCUUUACCCUUAUACUUUCACCUGACUCACACCAACUGGCUUACACGACCUGGGAUGAGGCCAGAAUUCAUGUAUGCGAUAUUCCAGCCGAUAUUCUUACUUGUAUUGGUCUUGCAAAAGAGACAAGCGGAAACCUCGCCAAGCUACUCAACGUGCGUGGUCCUGCUCUUGUACUCAUCUAAUCGCUCCAUUCUUUAUCGCAGUCUGACGCAACACGGCAUCCUGUGCACCGUAAACCAGCAAUAUCAGUCAUACCUUCCGUCCCUGGCCCGCUAGCAGUCACAAUUGAACCCCGGCGACCCGUCAUCA